AUUAUGCCAACUUCGCUCUACCUGCCAGAUCAAGUUGUUCUCCAUGGUGAGGGUCAAGAACUACAUCUCGCCAUCAGCUGUACCAACCUCAACUACCCGGCGCACCAUCACCAGCACCUCCAAGCCGGAAUGGAUCACGGACUUGACGUACCCGCAGACCAUGGUCUCCCCGAAAUUUCUCAAACUCUGGCAGCCGAAGGAGUUGCUCCGUGGCAACCUCUUCAAACGACCGCCGCCCGACCAACUAGACUCCCGUUACGCGAAAAAGUGUCUGAUGAUCAAGGCCAGCCCCGCGCGGGUGUUGCGGCUGUAUGAAUCUUAUUCGAAAAAAUCCGACUCCGUGGACGAGCGCUUUCUUGUCCGGGUAUUCAACAUUUUGGCGCAAACCGUCGCGCACCCGAAUUGUUUUUUCACGACGGCGGAUAGGCAAAGAAUCGUGAAACAUCUGAACUUCAAGAAGUUGUGUUUUGACAUUAUGGAGAAGAAGCACGAAAUCCGGGCGAAGGAGGUGCCGCAGAUGCUCUUUUCCAUGGCGAUAUUGGAAUACCGAUUUUGGCAAAUCGGCGAGCAUUUGUUGUGCAAUGUGGAAGCGAACUACGCGUUUUACCGGUUCGAAACGCUCGCGACUGUAAUUUGGUCUCUGGCGACACUAAAUCUGGGCGGAAGUUGUGGUGACAUCAACUCAAUAACUUCGAGAAAAAGUUCUGCAAGCACUAGUAACUCUGCUGCUGUGCCGACAAUCUUCGGGGUCCAGAACAUGACGACAGAUACUUCAAUGAAGCGGGAUUUCUCCGGCUUGUUCCCGAGAUUAGUGGAUGAGGUCGCGAAGUUUCUCCCGCCGCCGCCGGUUCAAGAAGGCGAACCUGUCAUGCGGGAUCCGCAAACCGGGGAAGAAAUUGAAGGUUUUGACCAAAUAGAACCGGAAGAAGCGACCUUCUGGGCCCAGAUCAUGUUUUCCUGUGUGAUGAUGCAACACUGGGACACAAAUCUCCCUUUAUUCAUGGAGGCGUGCUGUCGGGCGUUUCAAAGUCGGGAGCAAGUGGAUGCGUGCGGGUGGACGGGGUACUAUAUCUACAUGACCCUGUACUCCUUGGACGUGUUGAAACCGAAGAUGCCGUUUUUUGUGGAAAUAAGUCGUGCAACAGGACCUUCAUCUUCUGGAAGCAGCAAGAAUAAACCUCCGUCGAACAGUACCAGAAGCAACGACAAAGCAUCUGGAGGAUCUGCGAGUGCUGCGCCUAGAGGUGGAUGUGCUGCUCAUGAGGACGACAGUUCUACUUCAACUACAGAGGCUCCUACUGAAAUCCGCACCGCAAUGACGCGGAAAACUUACCGGGACUUGCAAAAUACAAGGCGGAAGGAGUGGUGGAAGGCGAAAUUGGGUUGGAAAUCCGAUGAUGGAGCGGCAGCCACGCCUUCUUUCGCGUCCGGGAUGUUGACAAACUCAAACAGUACAACCGCUACGAAACAGAAACUCCAGAAGCAGCUCGCGAAACCAGUCCCCAUCGGGUUUGAGAGUCCCUGCUUCGACGAACAGAGGUUGGAGAUGAGAAUACGGCACGAGCAGGAAACUACGGGAGCGUUUUGGGGUCAGAACAGAGAUGAGUUUGAGUGUUCUGAUCGGACGGAUUUGAACGACGAUGAAAUUCUUCGGGAGGAAGGGGAAAAAAUGUUUUCUUCCUCAGCAUCAACUUCUCCAUCACACGACGAAACGCAAAUAACUUCUGAUGCAGAUGCAGCGAGGAACGCUAGCACGAGAAGCAGAAGGAGAAGUCGCAGGAGUCCUUUGAAAGGAACCUCAGACAGUAGAAACACUGGCGCCGAAGAUGAGCACGACGACCUCCACGAUCCAGGUUCAGAUGCGGUCAAUGUGUCAGCCUCGGUGCCCGGACAUCACAGCACAGCAUCUUCACGAGUAGAAGAUCAAACACCCACCGAGGACCACGAAGAUACAACCGAGGAUAUUAGCUGUAGUACCACUAGAAGCAGUGUGUCUGCCACCUCUGCGUCGUCACGGGGCCGCAAAUCCAAGCUGCGAAGGGAGGCGAGCCACCUGAGCUGCAGGGACGGAAUGCAGCAAAACGCCGGAGACCAUCCCAUGAUGGACUUCGAGAACUAUACAGAUUUUUCAUCUUCCGCUGCUUCUUCUUCCUCCACCUCCCCGGGGGACCGGCUAAACGACGAUACUUCGUCCGACUUCGCUGCCUUCAAUGCGGAAGCAGAUGCGGAAAACGACGAGGAGGUGAAUGAGGCUGCCACACCACGAGGACACGCUGGUGAUGCACAACAUGACCAAGAAGACGGUGACCAGCAGCAGCACGAUGAAAACCACGACGACGAACAACAGCACCCCUGCGACGCCUACGAAUUUUCCGAGGACCACCGCGAUAUCGAGAUCGAAACCAAACGGGCCUGCCCGAUGUGGAUUCAGGAGCGGUUGCACGAGUUCUGGCUGGAUGGGAUGUUGCUGAAAGCGCAGCCGUAGGGAUUGUGAAAGAGUCGUACUUGUUAAGUAGGAAGUGCAAUACAAGUUUGCCAUUGCCUAGCAUGAUUAACACUGGAGUUUGUAAUGCUAAUCAGCGUACGCAGAUAGACCUGUCAUGCAGUACUUAUUGCCGCCACUACGGGUCGUGCGGUACUUUUGCAAUGCAUAAGCUGCAGGGGUCGGACGAAUUACAGCUGGACGUGGAAAAGGCGUUGAACCGGACACAGACGAAAGCUAUGCAUUGCAAAAGCAUCUUACUAGCUCUAGCAUGAUUCGCAUUACAAAUGUCCUCAACACGACAAAUGAAAUUUGUCAUGCCGAAAUACCUCAGGAACCAGAUUUGUCAUGCAAGUUUGGCAUGAUAAUUUGGACCGGUGGUGCGAUCAUAAAAGUUGUACUUGUGCAAUUCAUAAAAGCGAGCAUCAACACGUCGGUCGGCCGGGAAUUCGAUGAGCAGCAUUGUUUCUUCGCGGGACACUUGUUGAAGCCAAAUAUCGCGCUGGAAUACAACAGCAUGUCCGCGAUGGGGCCGCAGUUGCAGUUCCAAGCAGGAAACAUAUGCAUUGCAAAAGUAUCGUACUCGUAUAAAUGCACCACAAAUUUUCACAGCAUGACAGUGAAGUUUGUAAUGCUGAUUUACCCUAAGAAAAAGAUUUGUAAUGCAUGACUGCAAUACGAGUACUGUACGAUACUUUUGCACAGGAUAAAACAACAAAUCCAACAACGCCAACUGCUCUGUCGUCCCGCACACUCCCGGUGGGUUUUUGAGUCUGAAACAGGCGAUGUUUAGCAAGUUUGGGGCGCGGACAGCGACCAUACACCGGAUUUUUUGGGACCGGUUGACGGAAGACCAAAAGGACGAACAGAUCAUCCGGUUGCGGAGUUCUUUGGGGUAUUUGCACACAAGUAGCAUGAUUUCCAAAAUGGGCUACAAUGAGAAACAAGCGAGAAAAUUGGGAAUACUGGAACAGGAUAAUAAUGGAGAUGGUGGGCAGAGUGGAGCUGGAGGUGAUCAAACAGUGGUAACCACGACGAGAACCUUCGGCGUGAACAACCCCACAGUUCCGAACAACGAUCCGAAUAGGGCGGGCGCGAUUAAGAAGACGGACGGAAGGAUACGAUUCACGAAUGACCGGCCGACCAGGAGAGGAUACAGGCCGAAGGAGAGAGAGAAGUUGAAGUGAAGGGGGUUGUGGGUUGAGUGAUGAUGAUGAUGUGGUGGUGGAACAACGAUAGAUGAGUUCUACACCUUUCAUGGACGCCGACGCCUCUUUGGCUAGCUGAAGAAUGUGAAAGUCGUGAUGCGGAAUGAAGAACAUGAGUUUUUGGACACUUGAAACCUAAAGAAUACAGAAGUUCUUUCCAAGAGGUCCAGCCGUGGCGGGAGCGGCUUUACACUGCUCAACCCACGUUACACAAUGAACAACAACAAAACUAUUGCGUGCAACUGCAG